CACCUCCCAACCCAAAUAUCUCUCUCUCUGUGUUAAAUCUUAUAAAUCAGGGCAGAUCAACCCUACCCUACCAUACACACACUUUCUCUACUCUCUCUCUCUAUCUUUUUCUUGUAGAAGCUUCACCUUCUCCUGUGUGUUUUGGAUGAAGGAUUUGCACUUUUGAGUGAGCCAUGGAGAGGAAGGAGGGGAUAAAGACGGAGGUUAAGACUGUUGGAUCUUCAUCGUUCUCGGAUCAUAUCUCAGAAAGUUAUCCAUUUUCGGGCAUAUUUGAUUUCUCAGAAGGUGAAAAGAUCAGCUCGCUAGGGUUUAUGGAGUUACUGGGUGUUCAGGACUACAGUCCUUCUCUGUUUGAUUUUCCACAGCCACCAUCUAUGGCUCCCUCGGCUCCACUCCCUCCGGCUACAACUGUGAAAGAGUGCUCCGAGGUAUUGAAUCCGCCGGCGACCCCUAACUCUUCCUCUAUUUCGUCUGCAUCGAGUGAGGCAGUCAAUGAUCAUGAACAGACUAAAGCUGUUGACGAGGAAGAAGAGCAUCAAGACAAGACCAAGAAACAGUUGAAACCCAAGAAGACAAAUCAGAAGAGACAGAGAGAGCCAAGAUUCGCGUUCAUGACAAAGAGCGAGGUUGAUCAUCUGGAAGAUGGGUACAGGUGGAGAAAAUACGGUCAAAAAGCUGUGAAGAACAGCCCCUUUCCUAGGAGUUACUAUCGUUGCACUACAUCCUCAUGUAAUGUGAAGAAACGUGUGGAGCGAUCUUUCACAGAUCCAAGCAUUGUUGUCACCACCUACGAAGGGAAGCACACUCAUCCGAGUCCAGUCAUGCCUCGCCAAAUUCUUGCCGGAGCUCCACCGGACUCGGGCUUAUCUGGCGGACGUGCCACCGGCUUUGCUAUGCCAAUGCAAAGAAGCCUAUGCCACUAUCAACAACAGCGCCAACAACAAUCCUUUAUCCAUGCCUUGUCACCUUCGAAUUUUGCCUGUAAUGGCUUAACGAAUCCAGCUGGUUAUCUUCGUGAGAUUCGGUUCUGCAACACGGGAUCUGCUUUGCUUAGAGAUCAUGGGCUUCUUCAAGACAUUGUUCCCUCACAUAUGCUGAAGGAAGAGUAGAGUAAUUUUGUUUACUGACUAGCUAAUUCGUAGGAGGAAAUCUAUACUGGUAUGUGAUCUUCUUGCUGACAGGCGGUGAUCUUUUCUUGAAGAACCCACGUCCCAUUGCCACUCAAAACCCUGAAGAUUAUUACUAUAACUUGGUUUUUUUUCUUUUUUUGGUUAAUAUUUUCGUCUUUUUUGUUGGCAGCUUUGGUUAUGUAGAGAUGAUCGAAAUACAGAAAAAUUGGCUAGCUUA